UUUUGUUUUGUUUUUUUGUCUUCUGUCCAGCAUGCGAGCUGAUGAACCAAGGGAUCCUCGCGCUGGUUACAUCUACAGGCUGUGCAGCUGCAAGUGCCCUGCAGUCUCUGACAGAUGCAAUGCACAUCCCCCACCUCUUCAUUCAAAGAAAUGGGGAUGGCGCACCCCGUACUGCCUGUCAGCUCAACCCGAGCCCAGACGGAGAGAGCUACACACUGGCUGCACGGCCACCUGUUCGAAUCAGCGACGUCCUGCUCACUCUUGUAUCUGAACUGCACUGGCAGAAGUUCAUCAUCUUUUACGAGAGCGACUACGAUAUCCGAGGUUUGCAAACCUUUAUGGACCAGGCGUCUCGGCUGGGUCUAGAUGUUUCCUUGCAGAGGGUGGACCGGAACGUUAGUCGGGUAUUUACUGACCUCUUCAACACGAUGCGCACUGAGGAACUCAACCGGUACCGGGACACUUUACGGAGGGCCGUGUUGCUCAUGAGCCCUCGAGGUGCACAGGUGUUCGUCCACCAGGCUGUGGAAACAAACCUGGCAUCCAAGGACAGCCACUGGGUCUAUGCCAAUGAGGAGGUGAGCGAUGCAGACAUCAUGGAGUUAGUUCACAGCUCUCUGGGGCGAAUGACCAUCAUUCGUCAGAUCUUCCCGUUGUGGAGGGAUACCAAUGUUCGCUGUAUGAGGAACAAUCAUCGCAUCUCGUCUCUGCUCUGUGACCCUCAGGAAGGCUAUCUACAGUCCCUGGAGGUGUCCAAUCUCUACUUGUAUGAUAGCGUAUUGAUGCUGGCAAACGCCUUCUAUAGGAAGCUUGAGGACAGGAAGUGGCACAGUAUGGCCAGCCUUAACUGCAUGAGGAAGUCUACCAAGCCAUGGAAUGGAGGAUGGUCUAUGUUGGACACUAUUCAAAAGGGGCGGAUAAGUGGCCUGACUGGACUGAUGGAUUUCCGUGCCGAAGGCUCUAAUUCUCAUGUACAGUUUGAGAUUCUUGGGACCAGCUACAGCGAGACAUUUGGGAAAGAUGUGAAACGGCUGGCAACCUGGGACUCCACUCGUGGUUUGAAUGGUAGCCUAAAGGAGAAUCGGAUAGAAAGUGGUAUGCAUGGAGUAACACUCAAGAUUGUAACAUUACUGGAAGAACCUUUUGUGAUGGUGGCAGAAAAUAUUCUGGGCCAACCCAAGAGAUACAAGGGUUUCUCCAUCGACGUGCUAGAUGCCCUCGCUAAGAUCCUGGGCUUCAAGUAUGAUAUCUACCAAGUUGGAGAUGGGAAGUAUGGCUCAGCACUCCCUAAUGGAUCCUGGAAUGGCAUGAUUGGAGAGCUCAUUGGCAAGCGUGCUGACUUGGCAGUAUCAGCAAUCACCAUCACGCCAGAGCGUGAGAGUGUGGUUGAUUUCAGCAAACGCUACCUGGAUUACUCAGUGGGAAUUUUGAUGCACAAGUCAGAAGAAAAGAUCAACAUUUUUUCUUUACUCGCACCAUUUGAUCUGGCAGUCUGGGCAUGCAUAGCUGCAGCCAUCCCUGUGGUGGGCAUCAUGAUCUUCCUGCUCAGGCGCAUCCAGGCAGUGCGCUGCCAGAACAAUACAGCCGGUCAUCCACCACCUACCGUUUCCACUUCGCUUCAGAGUGCUAUCUGGAUUGUCUACGGUGCUUUUGUGCAACAAGGAAGUGACUCCAUCCUGGGAUCAGUGGCUCUCCGUAUCGUCAUGGGCAGCUGGUGGCUUUUCACCCUUAUCGUGUGUUCGUCCUACACAGCAAACCUGGCAGCCUACCUCACUGUUUCACGAAUGGACAACGCAGUUCGAUCAUUCCAGGACCUGUCCAAGCAGGUGGACCUAGUUUAUGGGACGGUGAGAGACUCGGCUGUGUACGAGUAUUUUAGGGCCAAAGGCACCAACCCUCUGGAGCAGGACAGCACAUAUGCUGAACUGUGGAAAGUCAUCAACAAAAACAAUGGCUUUGAGAACUCUGUAUCCAGCCCUUCAGAGGGUAUCAAGAAGGCGAAGCGAGAGUCAUAUGCGUUUCUGUGGGACAUGGCAGUGGUAGAGUAUGCUGCCCUGACAGACGAUGACUGCACGUUAACUAUAGCGGGAAACAGCAUGAGCACCAGAGGCUAUGGCAUGGCCCUGCAGCACGGCAGUCCUUACAGAGACAUUUUCUCACAGAAGAUUUUGGAGCUUCAAGAAAAGGGGGAUCUUGACAUCUUGAAGCAGAAGUGGUGGCCAAAGAAAGGUCGUUGUGACCUGCAGAGCCACACAGAAGCCCAGCCAGAGGGACGGGCGCUGCGUCUCCACAGUUUUGCCGGCGUCUUCUGCAUCCUUGCCGCAGGGUUGCUACUGGCCCUCCUAGUAGCUGCACUGGAGACGUGGUGGAACAGCAACCACUGCCGACGAGAGCAGCCCAAAGAGGUGACUAAGGAUUACGCUCUGCAAAGGGUUUCUGGAUCAUUGACAUAUAAUGACAUAACAAGCUCCUUACCAGAAGGGAGGCGGGACAUUUGGACUGACAGAGAGACAGACUGGGAGGAGGCCGUGGCUCUUGACACAGGACAAAGAAGUGAACCUGGAACAGGUCCACCAACGUUUGAACAGCCUCCUGGACGAGGACUUAGCCCACAAGCAGCUGCCAGGUCAGUCUAUAGAGAUCUCUGCCCUGGACAUUGGCAGCAUGCAACCCAGCCAGUCUCUGGAGGCUUUGUCUGUUCGGGAUUACCCAGCCCAUCGCGGACCACCGCCACUCUCUGUGACCACCUUCCUCCAGGAGGGUCAUGGGGCAGGAAGGACACUGGGCGCGUCCGCUGGCAGGACCUUGCCCCUGCCCCUGAGCAGUGCCACCAUGCCCUCUAUUCGCUGCAAACACAGGGCACCCAACGGAGGGCUCUUCCGGCAGAGCCCAGUCAAGACACCCAUGCCAAUGUCCUACCAACCAGUGCCAGGAGGACCCAUCCCAGAAGCCAGUGAGGCCAGCCACGGGACAUCCAUUUAAGCAAGCCGAACAUUCACAGACACUCGAGCUCAAACAGAAUAGCGAAGAGCUAAACAGAGUGCCGGCCGUGUGACGAGCUAUAAAUAAAAUGCUAAAAAAAGGAUUUUUACUACCAAUGAGACAACACACGAAAAGACACAAAGACUUUAAUGUACAUAUUUGUAAGUACAAAGCGAGAGAAGCAACAUUAAAAAGUGUAUUUUGAAUAUUCUCAACAGUUGAGUUUAAAAAACAAAAAAGUAUUAAAAAAUGACUGAAUGGCUUUGUAAAUUUUGUUCUAAAUGAAUAAAGGUGACAAUUCUUUGUGGUUGUUUUCUAAGUGCCAAGUUCAAAGAUGUUUUCUUUCAGAUCAUUAACUGAAUGUACUGUGAGAAUUCAUGACAGACAUUUCACACUUAAAACACAAUGGAAGAACUGAUUUGUUUCAUAUGAAAAAAAUAAAAAGUAUAAUACAAAAACAUCCAGAUUUGCGUUUGAAUAUAUUAUUGGAAUAUCAUUGUCACAUUGUCUGUAUGUUUAAGUGAUCACUGACAGAAUUGUGCUUAAUGGAAAAAAUACUGAAGAACUAGAAACAAUAAAUUAGUUUUUAGAUCAAUAUUAUCAUUAUUUUAUUUACUGGAUUUUUCCAUAAAAUAAACUGGAUUUAA